AUGGAUUUUGCGAAGUGGAUCGACAACUUUUGCCCACCGUUGAGUGGGGAGACGAAAUACAUCACAAGCUUCGACGUGAGUGGUUUUGCUCGACCUUGGAUGCUAGCCUGGAGGAGUGACUUUGGAACUUCGGGUCUGUAUGAUCCGGACAUGUUCCUGGAGCUGAUUCAGCUCAUCAUGAGCGAGGGGUUUUUGACCGACCCUGAUCAGAUUUCGGUUGAGAAACUCAGUUGCUGCCAAGUGCCAACAUGCUUCCUAGAUGGGAGCUACGAGGCGAUGCCGAACCUCUACCAGCACCUGCUUCCCCCAUUCAGCGUGGGUUAUUUGAAAGGUUGGAAGCGCGCUCUUGGGCUUCUGACAGUGUUGGCGGCCAUCCGUGAGCUCAACUUGGAGAGCUGCGUUGGUCACAGUUUUCUCGCGACAUAUGGCACAAUUCACGUCAACUUUGCCCUCAAGGAUGCAGACGUCAGGACACAAAUUAUGGAGUGGGACAAUGCCACAGCUGUGGCAAAAGCAUUUGCAAUCGGAAAGGGCGAAGCCGCAGCGGUGAGUGCCCUGAUGAGCGAUGUGAAUGGAUUGUUUCUCUCGCGAAUCACCGAGUCAGUGAAGAUUCGGGGCAUGCAUCGCUUCUUGACUCAUGAUGCCAUAGGCCGUGGUAUAUUCAGCACCGGAUUCUCCUCUGGCAUUGGCAACAUUGAAGCUUGGAAAGAUGAGCUCACGAACCGUGACGAUCAGGAAUUGGUUGGAUUGUUCUUGCAGCGCUUGGAGUUUGACCAUGACCACUGCUUUGUGGAUAGCCGCAAGGCUUGCAACUUCAACCAGGCUUGCAAACUCCAUCAGCUUUGCGGGCUCUACUUGUUCUUUCUGCAACGGUUGAGGGACAUCGCGCCAGCAGCAGAUUUCCCCACAAUCUCCGCUGGGCUUUUGGAUCAGUUCCUACAUGGCUAUCUUGAUGGUGAUUUGGGUCACUCGCUGGAAAGCUCAGUACCACCAGGAGAUUUAUCUUCCAUUGGUGCGUUCAGGCGGCCCUUGGGGAGCCAUGUCGCUCAGAUUCAAUCGGUUCAGCGAGAGCAGCAGGAGCAAAGAUCGCAAGAACUGGCCCGUGCUGUUGCAGAGGCAACGUUCAAGCAGCUCGAGGCACAGAUUGAAAGCGAUUGGGCGGUUCUACGGGCCCAGAUGGGUAGUUGUGAAGAUCAAGCGGUACAGACUGCAAAGGAUUUGAAGUAUGUCCGGGACCGACAACAGACGGGCAAAAUCUAUGUGGAGAAGUGGAUGCAGGAGAAGUGUCACCUGAUCCGUUUGCCUGAUGACAAAGACUACAACGGGGUGCUGCCGCAGUUCAUGACGUUCACUGAGCAGUUUCGGGGCAUUCCCGGGGACAUGUACAUGCUGUGUUUGCUGGACUUUACCGUGAUGCCGAACAGUGCCAAGCAGGUCAACACUGCCGUGAAUGUGCUGAGCACGAUUCUUGGGAUGAGCUCGGCAAACCUGGGGCAUGUUCAGCUUCCUGCUUUUCAGAAGCAAACCAAGCAGGCGACCGUGGUGACCCACCGCAGGAACAUCGAGGAAAUGAUGCUCAAGCAAGGGCUCUCCGUUGCCUCGCAAAUUGUGCUCUUAUUCGAUAAGUCAGAGUGCCUCAACUCCGACUCUCGUGCAUCUCAUCAGGUUUGCAUUGCUGCCCACCACAAGUCCUUUACUUCUGCCUUCCAAAGUUGUGAAGCAGUGCAACUGGGCCGUGUGGAGUCACUCCCCCUCAUGCCAGUGUCCGAAUUCUAUGAUUACGAUGACACAUCAAAGCCAGGGAAAGGUGUGAAAACGCACAUCGGUAUGUUGGAAGCCUACCAGAAGGGCAUGAACUUGAAGAAUACCGACCGCUUCAUUGUCUUUGAUGUGGUCCCGAACAGGCAUACCGAGUUUGCCCGUGCUGCAAUGGAGAUGAAUUUGACUGGCAACGGGACCAUCUAUUACUGCGGGAUCGUGGAGGAAAAGUUCGCUGACAUCACGUCGAAACUUCAGAGUGCUUGCUACGAGAAAUGGGAUGCAUCUGAAGAAGCGCCACCGAGAACACGACCUGCUGCAGCAGCAGAUUCUCAGAGUGGGUCAGCUCAGGUCCCAUCAUUACAGGUUCUCGCCUUCAACACCAGCUUGAACAAACCAGUGUGGCCAGAGGUUCUUUCUCAGCGCUUUGCUGAUGGCCCAGAGUUGGCAGCCCUGAAAACCUUGAAGGCCAAGUUUGAGAUGGAAUUUGGCCGAGCAUCGCAACCGCAAACGGCAACCACCUCCCGCGUGGCUGGCUCUUGCGAUUUCUCUUUCGAUAGCGCAUGUCCACUCGACACUGGCCUAGAAAUUGACUUGGCAGCAGUUCCUGUGACAAGUUUGUCAACAGACAGGCUUGCGAUGACCCAAUCGAAGAACGGGAAGCCAUCUGUGAUUCUGAUGAAGGAUUAUUCCUUGUGGCUCAUGAAUCCAACCGACAGCAAGAUGGACAUUGCCGCCGGAGAAAUCUGCGGGUUUGGAACAGGGGCAUUUGAGGAAAUGAUUAUCCGAGAAGACCGCGACCUGACAGAAUGUUCCUCCUUGGUGUUCCGUUUGAAGUCGGACAUGGACUUGGUAGUCCACAAGCGAACUUCGACUUUGAUGCCCUUUUGUGCCUUCAUGCGGAUGCUCGCUGUGGACCAUGGGCUCGGCAGCUGUGAAGUGGAUUCCCAUUUGGUCAGUGCCAAGUACCAUCCUUCUGUAGAUGGAAACGACCCUGUGCCGGUCAGCUUUCGAUAUGGAGUGGCCCCAUUGGCAUCGAUGAAGGCUUGGGUGUUCAAACCGCAUUCGCCAGCAGCCGCUGGCGAGGCUGACACCGUGAAGUCUGGAGUUCUUGGCGCUCACUACAGUGGAAACUUCCACAAAGUCAUUCGCAAUCGCCGAGCUUCAGUUAUUUGGGAGGCUGCCAUGCGACAUUGA